AUGCCUUCCUUCACCAAAGGUUAUCAUCACCGUCCCUAUCCUGCUAUCUCGCCAUCGCGGCCUGAUAUCGCAGCUGCGGCAGCAGGGAAGAAUAUUGUCAUCACCGGUGGCGGUACAGGCAUUGGCAAAGCUAUCGCCAUCGCCUUUGCGCAGGCGGGAGCCCGUUCUGUAGCCAUAUUGGGCCGGCGCGCCGAUCGGCUACAAGAAACUGCGGCCGAGAUGAAAUCAGAGGCCACCAAGCAUGGGCAUUCGCCAAUUAUCGUCACAGAGAUGGCGGACCUUAUGCAGAGUGAGACGGUGAACGCUGCGCUCCGGUCCAUCCAGACCAAAAUCAGCAUCGAGGCAGGGUCGACUUACCUCGACGUGCUCGUGUCUAAUGCUGGCAUGGCACCAAAGAUGGGAACGGUGCUAGGCUAUGACGCCCAAAUCAUGAUGGACACCUUUGGGCUCAACGUGCUGAGUGCCUUCAAUGCAGUCAACGCAUGGGUACCACUGGCACCACCAGUCGACAAUGCCGUAUUGAUCAAUGUGUCAUCAAUGAUGGCACACGCAAGACCAGUGGUCACCAACUUCGCCUACUCAAUGGCCAAGGCGGCCAAUCUCAAGAUGAUAGACUAUUUUGCUGUCGAAAAUCCUUCUAUUCACGUGGUUAGCCUGCAGCCUGGUAUUAUCAAUACGGAGCUCGGCGGCGAAGAUAUGCCUGUCUUUGUUGCGCCGGACACAACCGAGUUACCAGGCCAGUUCUGCGUCUGGCUGCUUACGGAAGAGGCGCGGUUCCUCAAGAACAAGUUUGUAUGGGCCAACUGGGACGUCGAGGAUCUCGUGGCUCGUAAAGAUGAGGUUCUGACGACGAGGGCACUUACAUGGGGGGUUGAGGGAGUUCCUGUGUAA